UUUUUGGGUAUACCUUAUGCCGAACCACCGGUCGGUAACCUCCGGUUCGCUAAACCCCAGCCUAUUAAACACCCAAAAGAAAUAAUUGACGCCACAAAAGAGAAAAAUACAUGUAUGCAAGUAAUUGGAGGUCCCGGUCCACUCAUGAACUUAACCUACAGUGAGGACUGUUUGGUACUAAACAUAUGGACACCUAAUGUGGGAAACAAUGCACCGGCACCGGCACUAAAACCAGUCAUGUAUUGGAUAUAUGGCGGGGCUUUCAUAUACGGGUCGAUAUUCAUGGAGUUUAUGCAUAACGGGAGUGCAUUGUCUACAUAUGAUGUCGUUGUGGUGACCGUUAACUACAGGUUAGGACUCUUUGGUUUCCUGUAUGGGGAACGGGAGGACGCGCCCGGAAAUGUCGGACUACACGACCAGCUAUUAGGACUAAAAUGGGUUCGAGACAAUAUUCAUGCAUUUGGAGGGGACAAGGAUCAGAUCACUAUAUUCGGUGAGAGCGCCGGUAGUAUCUCAGUCUCUGAACACAUACUGUCCCCAUUGGGUAAGGGCCUGUUCAAGAGGGCUAUUAUGCAAAGUGGAGCGCAUAUGUACUAUAAGGAAAAGGAUGUCUACGAUGUCGACCAAUACGUGAAUCAAACCAAACAAAUAGCAAAGCAAUUGAAUUGUAGUGAAGCCGAGGAUUGGAUCCAAUGUUUGCGAGGAAUCGAUGCAAAAGAGUUUCAAAAAUACUUUGCUUUUCAGGUCUUCCCAUUCAUUGGCACUGAGUUUCGUAAUAUAACCGCACAAAAGGCUUUCGAUGACAUGAAAUUCAAUUCAGACAUAGACCUGUUAGCCGGUGUAACCCGAAAGGAGGGCUCAUUACUGGCACACCUCGUAAACCCGGAUAACUUUACUGUCGAUAGUUUCAAA